GCUGGGCUGACUGACCUACUUUACGUGAAGCCACGAGCUCGGUGCCCGGUAGAUGCACCUCACUGAUCGGCGAAUCUUUGGUUAACACCGUUACGUCAGAAAAGGGGAGAGGAUUCUGAAGACUUUGUCAGUAGUCCGUUCUAGAGAAGUUGAGGAGUAAACGGAAAGUCCCAUCUGGUUUCUUUGACAUUAUCUCACCAAAAUGGCCUUACGCAUGGUUGUUUCCCUUGCAUUCCUGACCAUCACAGGAAUCAAUGCCCAAGAACUGGACAAUGAAGGAAUCAUCCUUAAAUGCAAAGACACUCAGAUGAUCGUUGAAAUCCCAAGGUCAGUAUUGACUGUUUCAUCGGUAGGUCAGAACGUCCGUUUCGAGUACGAAGCAAACCCUGGCAAUUCAAACUGCUGGGGAGUGGACACAUCCAACGAGGCCAAUGAGAGAAUAAUCAAACUUACCACAGAGCUAAUCUCAUGCGGAACGAGGAGGACCGAAAGUGAUGACAAGCAGACGUACACCAACCGUGUCAUCAGCCGCCAUCUUGAGACUGAUGUCAUCAGCCGCCAGCACGCCAUUGAGAUCCCUGUAUCAUGCUCAUACAAUAGGACUAAACAUGUUGGUGGGAUCAGCUACCAGCUCACUGACUAUACCAUCGACACGUCUAUUCACGAGGAGGGCGCCUACACAUUUUCCUUCGAUAUCUACACAGAUCGCAACUACGAUGUGGUCGUGGACACCUACCCCAUCAUCAUUGGUCUCGAUGAAGAACUUUACUUCGCUGCAUCCGUGCUCUCUUUGGGUGGUACGCUCGACCUUUCCAUCCGCUCCUGCAGAGCAACACCAACAGCGGAUUACAACUCACGCGUUAAGUACGACUUCAUCGGCAAUGCCUGCUCACUUGACGGCGAUGACACCAUCAUCAACUAUCUUACAGACUCUCGCAUAGGAGUACAGAUCAAUACUUUCAGGUUCAUCGAUCAGGGAAAUACGGUUUAUAUCCACUGUAAUCUCCUGGUAUGCGAUUCCCGAAAUACUCCCUCCCUAUGCAAUAAACAGUGUGUCACAAGAAGGAGGAGAGAUGAGGAGAGCAGUGGACUAAAGACAAAGCGAUUCACAAGAGGACCUAUCCGAGUACGACACGCUGCACAGGAAAGCAAUUCCAGAAGAGACAUCAGCCAGAAUGAAGCUUCAAAACAGCAAGAAGUUACCAACGCUUCCAAACCACGGAUCGUGGUUGCUAUGGCAACCGUCGUCAUGGCAGUGGCCGCCUUGGUGGUAGUAGUCCUACGCAAAGUCAGCAACAUCUCUGCAGCCCCAAAGCGGGGUCACUGCAAAGAAGAAUCGGCUAGAUUUCUCGAUGAGAGCGAAGAAAUAUAAUUUCAGUAGUCCGGUACAUCCUUACGAUAUUGCAUGCAGACUAUUUUAGGGUAAGAGGUUGAAAAAUAAACGUUCGUUAACCUGAACAAU